GAACAAUUUAACAAUUCAUCUCAGAGUUCACGAGAAGUUGAUUUGUGCGUGAUACUCAGAAUCCGAUUCCGUCGUCGCAAUCACCGGUGGGUUCUUCUUCUUCUUCUUUCACCGUUCGUUUUGAUCAUAGUAACCAAUAGAAAACUUCGAAAACCCUAGCCUGGCUAGUUUUAAGUCUUCAGCACAAUGAUCGAUGUAGUUUUCUUCAUUGGAUGGAGAAUUUUGAUCAGGUUAGGUUAGGUUUAAGUCGAACUUGAACUGUUGGAGAAUUUUGAUUGACUUCCACCAAAUCAAGAUUGUCUCUUUGAAACUUGCGUUAUCAUCAAUUUCGUUACGCAGAGAAGUAGCUACAGAGGAAUUGAACACAUGGUUGGUAGAUGGAAAGCAAAUCAGGAUAGUUCCAAAGGGUUAAUUGAGAGAUUGAAGGAAGACAUGAUAAGUGAACUACCUGAUUCUUUGAUAUGUCAGAUACUGUAUCAUCUUCCUACACAUGAUGCUGUAAGAACAAGCGUUUUAUCCACCAGAUGGAGGAAUCUCUGGCUUUGGGUUCCUAGUUUGGAAUUAGCAUCUUGUGAAUUUCCGGAUUUCAAUGCCUUUGUGAGUUUUAGUGACAGGGUAUUAGAUUCCAAUAGGGUUUCUCGCAUACACAGAAUCAAGUUAGAUAUCUAUGAAAAUAAAGGCAGUGUAGAUGAGACUUCUUUUCUCAAGUCAUGGAUUGAUUCUGCGGUUAAGCAUAAGAUUCAACAUCUAGAUGUUAGUUGUCCUCCAGAGUUUUAUUAUGAGAUGCCUCGAAGUCUUUUUAUCUGUGAGACACUAGUAUCCUUGAAACUCUUUCAGGUGAACGUGGUUAAUGCAGAGUUUGUUUCUUUGCCUUGUCUGAAAACUAUGUAUUUAGAAGAUAAUAGAUAUCCUGAUGAGACCACUUGCGGUAGACUUGUCUCAAGCUGCCCUGUCUUAGAAGACUUGAAAAUUGACAUAGCUUGGAAUGAUACAAAAGGCUAUCGGGUGUGCUCUCGGUCACUGAAGAGGCUCACUUUAGUACGAGUUUCUCCUUUCAAGUUUGAUUCUGUUUCAGGAGUUGUGAUCGAUGCUCCUCUGCUAUGCACUUUGAGCAUCAAUGAUCACGCAUCAGAAAGCUUUAGAGUGGACAGUUUGGAGUCUAAUGCCAAGUUAUAUAUCUCUCUCCUCUUUGGUUUGAGGAAUUAUGAUGAAGCAAGCAUCACAUCGAGGAGAAACAAAAUCGGCUGUUUUCUCUCAGGGAUCUCAAGUGUCAGAGAAAUGAUAAUCUGUCCACGCACGUUCAAGGUCAUCUACGAAUUCUCGAAGUUAGAACCGCUGCCUCAAUUUGGUUGCAUGUCCCGCUUGUAUGUAACUCUCUGUUUAUCCAAUUUAGAAUGGUUGUCAACGUUUCUCGAGAGCUGUCCGAAUCUGAAGUCCCUAACCUUGGAUUGGAAUGGUAACUCUAAGAAGAUGCGUAUAGAAGAGAUGAGUCAAAUCAGUUUUUCAUCAGUGCCUGAGUGUUUGUUAACGUCCCUCGAGUUUGUUGAUAUCAAAAGCACCAUCUUGGGAUAUGCUGUAGAAAUGGAAGUAUUGAGAUACUUCUUGGAGAAUUCGACAAUCUUGAAGAAGCUCGACCUAUGUUUGCAUUAUCAUGCGAUUCAAGAUGACUUUGUCAAGAAACUCCUCAAAGUCCCAAGACGCUCUAGUACAUGUCAAGUCGUCGUCGUUGGAUUGGAAAAGACUUUAGAGAAUAUGUCAAGCUUGUCUUUGACUGGUUUAAGCAAUUGACUUAGGCGUCAAGAAAUGUAUGUGUCAGUAAAACAGAAUGAUGUAAUUAAUAAUUUAGGAGAUUUUGGUUUUGGUUGCGACAUGAACCAGAUCCAGACAUGACAAAUUUUCAAAAAAA